UCCUGUUUGUCCAAACCAUACCUUGCAUGUGUUGCCAUCGAGCUCUUGGGUAAUGCCUCAUAAUGGAUACAUUUUUCCCUUCGCUCCUGCUUUCCCUCUGGUUGAAGUGUUUCAUCAACUGGGUGGUUGUGACAGUACAGCGAGACCACCUGAUCCGCUCUUUCUCCGGAUUCUUCUGCAUUUCUUUGGCACUGCUUGAUAGUUUCUUCAGUCUAACGAUCACAAUCGUCUACUACCUGGAGGAUUUGAACAUCUCAGGCUGGCGUCUCACCAGGUACCACGCUUGCCUCCUGCCCCAGAUCGCCUGUUUGGUCUGCGCCGUUCUCCACUGGCCAGUGUUCCUCCUCGGGGUGCUGGAUCAUUUCUGGACUCUUUCACCAAUCGCAUCGCACGUGUCCCGGGUGCAAAAGCUGGCGUACGCUACAGCAGCGUGUCUCCUUUGGAUUCUUGCCACCUGUUAUGUGUUCUGGCUUCCUGAUGUUGUUUUACUACCAGGAGACGUUAGGAACCAAUGCGAUCUGUUCAGCAGCUCUCAAAGUGUUCAGGUACUCUGUGUUUUAGUGAUGACUGUCGCCUGGGUGAUUCUGUACUCGUUCACUCCGUGUGUGAAACCGAGAGGACAGGAGUUUCAACAUGCUACUCGGGGAACUCAACAGAGCUGUUUCCUUGUCUCGAGACAGAUUAUGUUCACGUUUCUCAACACGUGGGCAAUUUAUAUCAUUCUGAUGCUUGUCUUGCUCUUGCUACAGAUGGAGCUGAAUGCAUACCUAGAAAUGAAUAGCGUCUGGUUGUGUUUUCUCAACAGCUUCUCAGUCGCAAUGGCUCUGUGCGGCCGCUCAUUUGUAUUCGAUUCCAGAAACAUCGAAAGCGUAACGGAUGGUUUUUGUUCCUGGUCCUUCACUUUUAUGUACAGAACUGAAAAUGUAGACAAAGGUCCCAUUCAAGCACUUGACGGGAAGAAAAUUGACUCUCAAGAUGGAGAGAAACUACACAUUUUUCUAAACUGAUUUUUUGAAGACUGGUUUAUUUUUCGUUCUUUUUAUUUUUGUGUUAAAGCCUUUAAUGUAUUUGUGCACCACUCGGUUCAUUCAUCUGCUCGGUAUAUUUGUUUUUUUAUUAUAAUGUAUUACACACAUUUAUAAAUGUAUUGAUGAUAUAUUUUGGUGUAAGGAUUCUGUUAAAGUAAAAUGACAUCAGUUUUCACAUGUAAAUCAUGGCUUUGUGCUCCUACAUGCGAGCGUUGUUUCUCUCUAGCCAAAUAAACUGAACCCAUUAAGGUUACCUGAAAUGGAAAAUCAAACCGCAAUAGGGAAGAGUGUUUUACAUCAGAAAAUAUUACCUCUUUAUUCAACGACAUGACACUGCCCAUACUUACAUUUAUCAAACGCCAAAUACAGCUUUAAAGUUUUUGGUAACACUUUGCAAUAAGGUUCCCUUUAUAAAGCAUUUGUAUAGUGCAUUAAUGAUUUUUCAACACUUCAUAUUAUUUAAUUUAAUUUAAUUUAAGUCUACUUUUAAGGGAUGCUUCACUGUUAAAAAAUGCUUGUGAUAUUAACAGUGAAAUUCUGUAGGUUUCAUUGAUAAAACUGUUGUUGGAAAUCGUUUGUAAAAAACACGGAAAAACACAGUAAAAUUUCUGUAAAAUUAA